AUGACUCUCGAUCUUCCCAAGAAACUUCCAUCGCUGGCUCUGCAGUCCAGAUGGUACUCUGAGCCGGUGCGGCUAUUCAUCCUGUCAGCGAAGGCGUUCAUACCCAACGAGAAGGGCAGCUGGGUACUGCACAAGACAUCACAGUUAUUCAUCAUGCGUUGCAUGCGUUUGAAGACGACGCCAUGGCUUCUUCUCGCGGAUAUUGGCCCGAUCCCUGGUGUGGACGACCCAGAAGCGGAGUUCGAAUACUCCGCAGGCUACCUCUCACCCGGCGCAGCAGCCGAUGCUCCUAGUCCGGGCUCGUCUGCGAGUGCAGCCCCCACUCCGGCCGAGGCAGCACAGGUAGCAAGGAAAGCUGGAAAGAAGAGCAGUAGCGACCCGACGCCGUACUUGAGUUACUUGCGCUAUAUGCAGCGCAAUCAGCCUCCUGCGACACAGCUCGAGCGUUUCGGCGAUAAUUUCCAGGAUUACCUCCAGAGCCCUCUCCAGCCGCUGGCAGACAACCUUGAAUCGAUCACCUACGAGGUCUUCGAAAAGGAUCCCAUCAAGUACGCGUGGUACGAGGAGGCCAUUGCCAGAGCCCUCGAGGACUGGCGGGACCAGCAAAAGUCGACAAGCUCCGAAGACGGUGCUGUGGUAAUUGCUGUGGUAGGGUCUGGUCGUGGUCCGCUGGUCACUCGUGCCUUGAAUGCGAGUGUGCGCACUGGUGUACCUGUUCGCGUCUAUGCCAUCGAGAAGAACCCCAAUGCGUAUGUGGUGCUUCUGGGUCAUAACCGGAAUAUCUGGGGUGGCCAGGUCACUGUCGUGAAGACGGACAUGCGCGCUUGGAAAGGACCAGUCAAGCCUGAUGGAACAUCCGGCAACGUGGACAUCCUAGUGAGCGAACUGCUCGGCAGCUUUGCAGAUAAUGAGCUGUCUCCCGAAUGUCUUGACGGCGUUCAACACGUGCUCAAUCCCGACCACGGCAUCUCCAUCCCAGCGAGUUACACAGCGCACAUGACGCCCAUCGCAACGCCCAAACUCUACGCCGACGUUUACUCACGGGCUACCCACGGCGGCGAUGCGAGCGCCUUCGAGAUCCCCUGGGUCGUAAUGUUCUCUCAAUUCGACUACCUGUCCAUCAUGCCAAACCAGCCUCAAGUCGCUCCCCAGCUAUCCGACGGCCGAAAGAUGCGAGACUUCGAUCUGAACCCUCCGCUCGAACCUCUCGUGCACACAGCUUGGGAAUUCACACACCCACAACCCCCAACUGUUCUCGCCCAGUCAUCGCUCCGCCGCGGGGGUUCCGCCGUUGGUGGUGGCGGCGGCCUCGCUGGUGGAGACGGCGCAAACGAACACAACUUCCGCCACUGCAAGGUCACGUACCCGAUCCAAGAGCAGGGCGUAUGCCACGGUCUCGCGGGAUACUUCGAGACAGUGCUGUACAGCGGGUCGCAAGGUCCGGUGGAGCUGAGCACGAACCCUGUUACCAUGGAUGCGAAGAGCAAGGACAUGAUAUCGUGGUUUCCAAUCUUCUUUCCGUUGAAGACGCCCAUCCAUCUUCCCUCGAACUCCGAACUCGAAGUGAGCAUGUGGAGGCAGACUGACGACCGAAAGGUGUGGUACGAGUGGCUUGUGGAGGCUUUCACGACGAUCGGUGGGCAGCGCAUCCGGUUGGGUAUCUCGGACUUGCAUUCGAGUAAGAGCAAUGGGUGCUUGAUGUAG